UACCUGAAGAUGCAGAAAAUGCCAGAAAAGAAGUCACUGAAAUAAUCAAAAAUUUGGUGAUCCCUGAUGAGAAAGAAGCCAACCAUGAAAUGUUGAUAGUUUUGAGGGCAGAAAAGAAUAAAUUGUUAAAAGUGCAACAUGAUUUGUCAUCAGAUUUUUCUGUUCAAACAUUAACUGUUCCUGUCAAGCAUCAUUGGCAUAUUAUUAGACCUAAAAGAAGUGCAAGUGAUCGAUCAUCAAACACACAACAAAUUUUAGAUAAUUCUAUUAUAGCUAAAAGACCUGUUAAAGAAGUUGAAAGAAUAGUUGAAGGAAUUAAUGAAAAAGUAGAAGAUGCUAAACGUAUUAAGGUUCUUGUUACACAUACUUGUAAGGAAUAUUAUGAAUAUACUAUCACAUCAUAUAAAUUAUUAUUUUAUAAUAUGAAAUCAUUUACAGCAGAAUUUACAAUUCCAGAAAUUAACAAUUCACAUAUUAUUAGUAAAGGAGGAAGCAAAAUAAAAUUCAUCCGAGUUUAG